GUUUUAGUCUCAGUGUCGAACCUGAAGUCGAGGAUCCAAGUUGACAAGUGCUGUGUCUGCAGGUCGAUCGGAUCAUGAUGGCGUCCAUUGUUAUAGUCCAGCAGCCUGCAGCUUCCACACAGAAGGUGUGGACCUCCGGCAUCUGGGACUGCUUUCAAGACAUGAAUAGCUGCUGUUUAGGUUUCUGGUGCCUGCCAUGCGCAGCCUGCCAAACCUCGGCACAGUUUGGGGAAAGCACCUGCCUGCCUAUACUGGACUUCCUAGCGUCCGCUUGGAUAGCACUGUGUGGGAUGCCCAUAAGUGUGCCACCUGUUGCCCUGUCUCUGCGAGUGGCCAUGCGCCACAAAUAUGAAAUCCAGGGUUCCAUCUGCGAUGACAUUGUGAUCACCUGUUGCUGCCUGGCAUGUUCCUGGUGCCAGAUGGCCCGUGAGAUUAAAGCUCAGAAGGUCGGCCCCACGGUGCAGUCUGUGACCUACUGCAUCCAGCCUCAACCCGCUACAACCGCAGUUCAUGCCUGGUCCGCAGUCCCAGAAUGAGCCCUUGACCGGUCAUCAUCAGAUGCCUUUAAGUCCAGUAGGCAAAGGCCCGCCUUCCUACUACACCUAGCAUUAAGGUUGCUGAGAUGUGGUUACUUUGCUAUGUGCCCAGUAAAUCCAGACCGUUCCGUGACUGAGGACAAGAAUAUUGUUGAAUCGUGCAUGUCUGAUCCUUGAUCUUCAGGUGUAGCUACUUUCUAUAUGUGAAAAUUGUAUGUCGCUUUCAAUAAAUGUAUCUGCAAGACAAA